AUGGAUGAUAGAGAUUCGAUUUCGUGCUCUUACACUAAUUCCUCGUCGGCGAGUCACACUCGCUCGAUUAGUGUGACGUCGUCAACUGUGACCGUCCCAUUUGUUCCUGAUAGAAUCAUCGAACCCCUGGACUACUAUUCCAAGCAGAAAUUCCACCCGGUCCAUCUGAUGGACACGUUCCAAGGUGCCCGGUACAUGGUCAUCCGCAAGCUGGGAUACGGCUCAUUCUCAACGGUCUGGUUGGCCAGAGAUAGCAAACUCGACCGCUACGUCGCACUAAAGAUUGGACAUGCCGAGUCCGAACCAUCCGCUGAAACUGGUAUAUACGACAGACUAGCGAAGCCGGGCCUCAUCUCACACCCCGGCUGCAACCAUUACCUGCCCCUGUUGGACCAUUUCCGAGUCACCGGCCCCAAUGGCACUCACCAGGCAUUGGUCUACGAACCAAUGGGAGCAAGCGUCCAUGAAGUGAAGGAUGCUCUUUUCCCAGAUGCCCCGUUUCCGCUCUGGACAGCCAAGUCUAUACUAUGGCAGACUUUGCUUGGCCUGGACUUUAUGUUGGCCAAUGAUGUCGUGCAUGGAGAUGUGCAGCCGCGCAAUCUCCUUUUCACACUGGAUGACUUGGCCCAUCUGCCUCUAUCUGAGAUGUCCCAGGACAAGGAGAUCCCAGUGACUCGGGUCUUCGAUACGAAUCUUGGUGGUGGCAUUACAGGGCCAGAAUACCUCGUCGCCGCUGAUUCGUUGAUGAAAUACAUUGACAUCUCCCAGUCGUUUACAAUCAAGAUAUCCGACCUCGGCGGAUCCUUCCUAACAUCAAACCCCCCCAAAACCCCCUCCCCACCCCUCCACCUGCGCGGCCCCGAAACCCUCUUCCAAGGCCUCGUCUCCUCAAAACAAGACAUGUGGAGCUUCGGGUGCCUAAUCUUCGAGUUCCUCACGGGCAUCGGCCUCUUCGAUCUAACCGACUACCCGGUCUCCGAGAUCACAGACGACAUGCACUUCAUUGACAUGUACAACAUCCUCGGGGUCCCAGCGGACACAAACCUCAGAGAUACACACUGGCCUAGUUGGCGCGAGUUCUUCGGGCCAAACGGCGAGCGGAUAAACCACUACAACCGGAAACGGGAUCGGGAUUCUGAUAGCGAGGGGCGGCGGACGGCGCAUACGUUGGAGGGGUUAAUAACGCAAUCUUUGGGAGGGCGGGUUUCGGGUGAAGACCUGGAUAUCACGAUAGAUUUGCUGCGAGGGCUGUUGGAGUUUGACCCCCGGAAAAGGUUUACGACGAGGGAUGUGUUGGCGCAUAGAUGGUUUGAGGAGUUGAGGGCGGGUGUUCGUCUUUAG